GAUUGGUCCUAGAAUGUUGGCUGAUUGUAGUCUUAUUUAUUUUUUGCGAUUGAAACAAAUAGUGGCGUGUUUUUCGAAUUACAAUAAGAGCGGAUGGAAAUCGAGUUCACGAGAUGGAUGAUAACAAUAUCAACUUUCCUUCGAACGAAUUCGAUUUGAACGACCUUUCUGAAAUCGAAGAUCUUCUGACGAACUGUGAAAGUGAAUUGCUCACUGGUAACGAUCUUUUUAGUGAAACAGCUUUAUCUGAGUUGGAUAAAUUACCCCUAGAUGAUUUUAAGUUUGAACAGAAAGCUUUCGAUGGAAAUUUUCCCAGUGCAGGUGCUGCCUUAACACCAUUUGAUAAUAUUUUUGUUUCUCAAGCAGUGCAAACCCCCAACCAGCCUAUAAUUUCAAACACCAAGGCUAUUGCUCCUAAACAAGAACUUGCAGAUAUACGGUUCUCUCCUACAAUAUCCAGUGCACCUAAAAUUUUCAUUAAAACCGAGGCAUCCAGUGUGGAAAAUCGCAACUCCUUCAUUUACUCAAACAUAGCAGUGCAGAACAAUUCUCCUGUGUUAGUACAAAAGAGUAUCAAGAAAUCACCCAAGCCUAGAGUUCAAACUCAACCACUACUUAUCCAGAAUAUACGUCAAAUACCUGCUGACAAUGUACAACAGCUGUUACUUCAAACAAAAGUAAUCAAAUCCUCUUCUAAGCCUGUGACAUCUCCUCCUAAUACUGUUGUUUAUACAACUGUUCCCCAUAAUGUUUCUCCUACAAUUCAUACAAUAGUACCAGGUCAAACACAAAUCUUGACAACUACUGGUAUUCCUUUAGUGCUUGAUUCAAAUGAAAAUAAGAUUCCAAUAAAUCGCAUUCCUGCGAAAACACCUGUUUUUAAAGAGGUUAAGAGAAGUGCACACAAUGCUAUAGAGCGCAAAUACCGAACAAGCAUAAAUGAUAAAAUUAUUGAACUAAAAAACAUUGUUGUUGGGGUUGAUGCUAAGCUCAAUAAAUCUGGUAUUUUGAAAAGAACAAUAGAAUACAUCCGAUUCCUUCAGAACUGCAAUUCCAAAUUGAAGCAGGAAAAUAUGAUGUUGAAAAUGAAGGCUAAACAGAAUUCUCUGAAAGAUCUGUUGACCUCUGGAAGUGACUCAACGAUGUUCUAUCAACCUGCUGACACACCACCUCACUCUGAUGUAUCUACAUUGUCUCCUGAACAUUCUAUACCCUCGAGUCCUGAAUAUUCAACGCUCAUCAAAGACGACAGCGAAGAUGAGUUGAUGCCGUUAGCCAAAGGAAUGCUAGAUCAAACCAAAAUUACUCUUUGCAUGUUUAUGUUCGUUAUGUUGGCCUUCAAUCCCUUUGGUUUUGCUGUUAACCGAUUAUCUGGAGGGUAUACAGAAACCAAGUAUGAUUCAAGGAAGUUUUUGAGUUUCGAUUUCAACUACUCUCCUUCCUUCGAUUUAAGUAGCUUGUUACUUUGGUUAUUCAACAGUAUUGUGUUGGGCUAUUGUAUGAUCAAAAUGUUUGUUUACGGAGAUCCAAUUAUACUCAGUAAAUCGAAGGAAUCUCAGACUUUUUGGAGACACAGACGACAAGCAGAUAUGUAUCUAUCGAAGGGUGACAAGUUAGCGGCUAAACAAGAAUUACUCAAAUGUUUGAGUAUUUAUGGCGUCAAUCUACCUACCAGUCGAAUUGAACUGGUUCUUUCUCUAUGUUGGCAACUCUUCCGUCAAAUUCUGCAUAGAUUGUGGAUUGGUCGAUGGUUGUCUAGACAUGCAGGUGGAUUUCUUAUUGACGGAGCAACCAGAUUUGAAGCACAAACUUCUUGUUGCGAAUUAGCCAUGGUUUUCCAUGAUCUUCAUCAGAUUCAGCUGAUAGAAGGACCGGAUACAACUUGUCACGUGAUGGGUUUCACAAUAGACUUAAACGCCUUAAAUUUGGCCGAAGCAGCAAAGUUUAAACUGAGGACGUCUCAAUAUGUUGAUGUCUUCAUUGGAAUAUCGUUGAGGAUAAAAAUGUCAUGUCCUAAUAUAUUGCAGGGAAUUCAGAGAUAUUAUUUGGGCCUUGCUAAAUUGGCUGCUUCGAAUUCUUGCGAUCCUAUUCCAUCAAGGCAACAAUGGCUGCUGACACCAGAAGGUUACAGAUUUUUCCUGACUCAGCAGUUCUCAUUUGAGAACAAACACAAUGAUCUGCCAUUUUCCAGUGUUACCAACCCUAUGGAUCCAUUAGCAUAUGUUGUCAAGAAUUUCCAAGAAUAUCUGUUGGAGAAAUCUCUUGAAAUUCUCAUAUCGCCUGGAAGUAAAAAUGAAUUUUCCAAGGAAAAUGGUUCUGAAGUUAGCGAUGUCGAACAUUAUGUACAAAUAUUAUUUGAUAAUUCUGCUAUGGAUGCUCAGACUUUAUUCAGCUCUGAUACAUUGAACAAUUACCAAGACGAAAUUGCCAUAUGGUGGACUUCGUUUGUUGCAAUCGCUUGCAAUUGGCUUCUAGGCGAAGAGAAGACUUCCCAGAAACUGUAUCAAAAGAUAGAGUACAUCCCAGAUGAUCUAGCCUUGUCUGAAAAUCCAUUACCUAAAGCAGUGCUUGCCGCUUAUACUGCUAGAAAAUCGUAUCUGACAAAGAAAGACAUUUCUGUGAAGAACAUAUUGAAACAGUGCGAUCUGGCAACAUUGCUUCUGGAAGACAGCAUAAGAUAUUCCAGUUGUAAGAGUCAGAACAAUUUGGUUUUGUAUGUGCAACUGCUGAUUUGCGAUUGGUUGUUAGAGACCAGAACAUCCUUGUGGGAGGACACUUUGGAGAACGACACCUCAAUAACAAGGGUCUCCACACCUGUACUAACAGCUUUCCAAAAAGAUUUUGCAUCGCUGAGAGUGCUUGCUCAGCAUGUUCCUGUUGCUUUACCGAGGGUGUAUUUAUACGAAGCUACAACAAGGCUGAUGGCUGGAGCUUCUCCAGGAAGGACACAACAACUGCUUGACAGAAGUCUGAAACAUCGACAGGCGAAACCAAAAAUAAUUUGUGGUAAAGUUAUUGAUAUUUUAGGAGAUAGGACAUGUCAGGAAUCGAAGGGAGAAAGGGAACACGCCACUGCCCUUUAUAUGGCGUGUAAACAUCUUCCAGGUCUUCUGUCUUCACCAGGUGAGAGAGCUGGUAUGUUGGUUGAAGCAGCAAAAACAUUAGAGAGGAUAGGUGAUAAGAAAAAAUUACAAGAUUGUUAUAAACUUAUGAAAACGUUAGGUACUAACGCUGUUACUAAUUGAAAAGUAUGUAUUGUUAUUUUAGACUUGUUUAUAGUAGUUUAAGUUUGAUUUUAUUUAUUGAAUAUAAGUAGUUUAUAUUUAUUUUACUUUUAUACUGAUGGACGUUGUGAUUUUUUUAAUAAAACUGACAUUUAAUU